UUAUGACGUCGUAAAUGUGAGACCCGAGUCAAAGUGCUACGAACUAUUUCUGCGACCUGAAGUUACCACAUGUCCUACUUUCUGAGGCAGCUAAGAUUGAGAAGAUUUAUUAUCGAAUAUGGCUUUUUUUUUUAAUUCACUGCUAACAAGUUUUCGCGGCGUACUGUUCUCGUUGUGUAGUAAACUUUGCUUUCCGAUAUAAAGUAGGUAAAUUCAGGUGACGAGCUGUCAUUUCCUCUAGAUCUGAGAAACAUUCACAUUAGGAGGCUACAGCUCCACAAGUGGGAUGAAACUGGAACUGUCUCGAGUGGUACAGGGAUGUCGCCUGGGACUUUUGACUGGACUGGGAAAAUCAGGGCAGCAUUCACUGGAGGUGCCUGGCUGUCUCCUGUACACUCGCUGUGCAACUGUUCCUCAUCUGACCCAGGACACUUUACACACUUUGAGAGACCUGCCAUCAGUCACUCAGGUGUCAGUGGAUAGCCUUGCAGAGCAUCAUGAGGUUCUGAAGGAAUUCAAAGAGGGUGUCAGAAAGUUUGCAGGUCUUCAUGAUACUGUGCUUUUCUGCUCUCUGCAUGAUUCUGCGAACUCCAGCCCCGCCGGUCACGUCACCAACAAGACAGUGUCGGUGUGGGGCAGCGGUGGAAGGAUAGAGCUGACAGUGGCUCGGUUCAUGGCAAUUCAGGCAGCUAUCCAGCCGGACUGCUAUCAGAGCAUGGCAGACGGAGAGACCUGGCAGGCCGGUACCUCUCGCAAGAGAGUCCGUAAAGCAGUGGACAGGACUCUGGCCCAUCUGGAUGAAUGUCUGGCGUUGCACCAGAAAACUCAGGAAUUAAAACAGGCCGAGAUAUUUGGAGUUGUGGAGGGUGGAGACAUUUUGGAGGAGAGGCUCCGGUCGGCACGAGAGACUGCCAAGCGUCCUGUGGGCGGAUUUGUCCUGGAUGGAUUUCAUUCUGCUGCCAUGGACCAGGAUGUGAGGGUUCAGUUGAUUAAAGCGACAUCUGCAGAGCUUCCCCAAGAAAAACCCAGGUUGGUGCUGGGGGUUGGCUGUCCUGAUGAGGUCAUCAGCUGUGUUGAAGCAGGAGUUGACCUGUUUGAGAGCUUCUUCCCCUUCCAGGUGACGGAGCGAGGCUGUGCGCUCUCCUUUAACUACACCAUUGAUCCCGACCCUGAGACGGCAGGUACAUCAACCCCUACAGUGUUGGAAUUCAAUGGAGAGAUGCCUGCUGUCAAGAAGCUAAACUCAAAUGGAGAUGAAAAUAUGACGCCUUACGAAAUGAACCUCAAAGAUAAAAGGUAUCAAGAUGAUUUCCGCCCACUUGUGGAGGGCUGCAGCUGCUACUGCUGUAAAAAGCAUAUGAGAGCGUAUGUUCAUCAUUUACUGGUGACCAACGAGCUGCUCGGUGGUGUUUUACUCAUGCUACACAACAUGGCGCAUUACCUUGGCUUCUUCAAAGCGCUCCGGGAGGCAAUAACCAGCGACCGUCUGCAGGACUUUAAAAAUAGAGUCCUCCAUUGCAGAGAAGGUGAUUGAAAUGAUUGAAGGACUUAAGGAAAAAACAACGAACAAAAGAACACCUACAUCAGAGCAUACUUACGGCUUUGAUUUCAGAGUAUGUGUUUCGUGAAUAUAAAGUUGGAUUCUGAUGCAUGUGCUCUUGCCAUGCAAAAUAUCAGACAAAAAGUGGUAAAGUGAGUGACACAGCAAACCUUUUAAGAUUCGCAUGGCUCAUUUCAGAGUUCGCUUAUGGAUUUUAAAUUUGUCGUCUGCUCUGUCAAAGAACAGUUUCACUUAGACGGAGCAAUGUUGAAAUUACCUUUUUAAAGAGCAGCACUUGCUCAGAUUCUCUCUAAAGCCCUGAAAAGUUACCACCUGCUGUUUUAUUCAGCACAUUUUUUCAGACGAGUUAGAUUUAUUAUUGGAAAGUGCUGCAUUUUUUUAUUUCUUUCUUACAAUAAUGGUAUUGAAUAAUAUUUAUUAUUGCACAUUAUUAUUAUUGUAUACACUUGUACACUUGUGAUGUUGUUUAGAUUAAAUUAACAUUUUAAGUUUAACAUUAAGUUUUAGACAUUUUUUCUUUAAACCACAAUGCAAAUCUAGCU